AACUAUACGUUAUGUAGGAAGUACGUCUGCGUAAGGGCGGUGUUAUCGAGCGAGGAUUUCCGGAAAACACCAUUUCGUGCUUCCUUGAGGAGGAAAAUACGCACUCGAGGGCAGUCGUCGAACAGGGCCGUUUGAGUGCACGUUUACGUUUCUGGUAGACGUUUGUGGAGUAACAAUUUGUUUAGAGCAUUGAGGCCUGUUGCAAUGGGAGAUCCGAGCAUGCAUAGAGAUUGUCCUCUUGACUGCAAGGUCUACGUGGGGAAUCUGGGGAACAAUGGAAAUAAAACGGAGUUGGAGAGGGCCUUUGGUUAUUACGGACCUUUGCGUAGCGUUUGGGUUGCCAGGAACCCUCCCGGUUUCGCCUUUGUGGAGUUUGAAGACCCCCGGGAUGCAACUGAUGCCGUGAGAGAGCUGGACGGAAGGACGCUGUGCGGGUGCAGGGUGCGGGUGGAGCUUUCCAACGGAGAGAAGCGCUCGCGGAGUCGGGGGGGCCCACCCCCCUCGUGGAGCCGACGCCCCCGGGAUGACUACCGGCGCCGCAGCAGCCCCCCGGCCAGGCGCAGAUCCCCACGUAGGAGGAGCUUCAGCCGUAGCAGGAGCAGAUCUCUCUCCAGAGACCGUAGGAGGGAAAGAUCUCUGUCUCGGGACAGGAACCACAAACCAUCACGCUCCUUCUCUAGGUCGCGAAGCCGUUCUAGGUCCACCGACAGGAAGUAAAAGAAAGGAAGUCGUGCUGGUGGCAAAGAGGUGGUGGCCCCAUUAGCUAGAUCGAUGUCAUGGACUUUGAGCCCUGGAGUUUGUUUUAUUUUUAAACGUCUUUUAGCGGUUUAGUUUUUGCUUUUCCGGUGACAUACAAGGUACCUAGUUCCUUCAUAUUUUGUAUAUAAGUGGGUAUAUGCAGGUGAAAUGCUUUCCACACAAAAGUACUGUUUUAGUCUGUAAUAAGUGUCCCCCCAGCAGCAUUCCAUACCCACUUGCACAGACAUUUAAAAUUUCUCUUCCAAAGCUGUUCUGUGUCUGUUUGUGUAUACUGAGGACUGAAUGUAUCAAGUUGUGAAAAGCAUGUGGGGUUAAGCCCAGUCUCGUCCAACGGACAAACCCCACACGCAGGAGAUUGUGGGGUAAAGGGUUUGGAUGUUCAGGCAACAUUUUUUUCCUCCUUUUUUAUUUUAAAUUGCUUUCGUCAGAAACUUAUCAAGGCAGUCCCAAGAUGUAAUGUGAUCAGUUUUCCCUGUGCUUAUGAUAUUCUUUGUAAAUGUUGCAUUUAAGGAGCUUGUUGUUUCACACCAGUGAUACCCAGAGUUGUAGGGUUGCCCCCCCCCCCCCCCCAUGGGAUGAUGACCGCGAGCUUGAGGAAGCAAAGCUUGUGGUGUAAUGAAGAAAUGCCCUUCAACAAUCUUUUUUUUUUUUUUUCUUAUUUUCUUUUUUUUUUUGCUGUUUGUACUGUUUGUUAAUGUUCUCUGAAUUAAAGCUGGAUACAGAACAUU